UGUAUACGGCCACACAGAAAUUCAGUCACAUGAUUGAUAUAUUCACCUGACAGUUUUGGUGGUUUGGUGUCAGAUAAUUUAACGGAAGAGAACCUGCUGUGCUUAAAGCAUAUUAAAAAUUUUUUACCAACAGAGCAGUUUUAAAAUCCACCGUAAAAUGCAAAUCUGUGGACCUAAGCUGUCCCUAUGCGGUCUUAUUAUCUCUGUUUGGGGUAUCAUUCAACUGGUUCUUAUGGGUCUAUUCUUUUACAUUAAUAGUGUGGCCCUUAUUGAGGACUUACCUCUAGAAGAGGAGUACCAUUCCUUGGAAGACUUUUAUGCUGCAGCAAAUAGAGCGUAUAAUCAGAAUGCUUACAACUGCUGGAUUGCAGCAUGCAUCUACGUGUUGACAUUGCUGCUUUCAGCCCAACAAUUCUACAUGAAUAGCAGAGUAACUACAAACUAAUAAUAAUGUAGUUUCCCAUCUACUGCUCUUUUUCUUUGUGAGGAAAAAUAUAUACAGUAUUGAAAUGUUCAUAUGAGGAUAUUUGUUACACCUAUUUUUAUUUGAAAUAAAUUUAAACUUAUUGCGUUUGUUGAACAUCAA